AUGAUAACACCUGUUCAGUCGAGGCAAUAUCUCCAAUCCUAUUCGAUGAGCAUAAACAUGCUAGCGAGAAGUGGAAACCGGCCGUCGAACGAAUCUUUGGGGCUCUGGAGCAAAGAGGUGAUGUCGACAAACACAACCUGCGGCACACAUGUACAUUUGUCACCAAGAGAUAAGAAGUGGCAUAUCGAAGAUCUGCGAAAGUUGAGCUGUUGCGUCUUGUACUUUGAGGGUGCCUUUGAAGUCUCAUAUCCGGAGGCUGAGAGGAACCUCGAUACUUUGCCAGAUGUGAUCUCAUGGAGAAAAGAGUACACCGAAAAUGCUCAGAAGAGCAAACGCGCCGAAUACGUAAAGGCCAAUUGGGCGGACAAUCGCAGAUUUGAGGCGCAGUAUGCGGACAAUGUCGAUCUCAUUGACAAAACCAAGAAUCCCGACCGUCCCAUUUGCGGAACCAAGAAUCACAUUGAGGCCAUUUGCGCAACCAAGGAUCCCGUCGAUCUCAUUUGCGGAAUCGAAAAUCUCCCUGAGCUCAUUACGCUCAUCGGGUUGAUGAACCCGCUUGAAGGGAAUACCAAAUGUCAACAUCACUUCGAUCGAUAUUUUGCCUAG